CCACAGGAGUACCUGUGAAGAAAACCGGACAUUUUUUUUUUUUUUUUUUUUUUGAGGAUUUUUAUCCUGCCUUUAUUGUCUUUUCUUGAAAUAUUACAAAUCAGGAUGUCUGCACAGUCAGUGGAAGAAGAUUCAAUACUUAUCAUCCCAACUCCAGAUGAAGAAGAAAAAAUUCUCAGAGUGAAAUUGGAAGAGGAUCCUGAUGUUGAAGAGGGAUCAAGUAUCACCUGGAACCAUCUCCCUGACCCAGAGGUUUUCCGGCAGCGAUUCAGGCAGUUUGGAUACCAGGAUUCACCAGGGCCCCGUGAAGCAGUGAGCCAGCUUAGAGAACUUUGCCGUCUAUGGCUCAGGCCAGAGACGCACACAAAAGAACAAAUCUUGGAACUAGUGGUGCUGGAGCAGUUUGUUGCCAUCCUACCCAAAGAGCUACAGACUUGGGUUCGAGAGCAUCAUCCAGAGAAUGGAGAAGAGGCAGUGACAGUGCUAGAGGAUUUGGAGAGUGAACUAGAUGACCCUGGACAGCCGGUUUCUCUCCGUCGUCGGAAACGGGAAGUACUAGUAGAGGAGAUAGUAUCUCAAGAAGAAGCUCAGGGAUUGCCGAGUUCUGAGCUUGAUGCUGUGGAGAACCAGCUCAAGUGGGCUUCCUGGGAGCUCCAUUCCUUAAGGCACUGUGAUGAUGAUGCUCGGACUGAAAAUGGAGCACUAGCUCCAAAACAGGAAAUUCCUUCGGCAGUAGAAUCUCAUGAAGUUCCUGGUACUCUCAAUAUAGGUGUUCCUCAAAUUUUUAAAUAUGGAGAAUCCUGUUUUCCAAAGGGCAGGUUUGAAAGAAAGAGAAAUCCCUCCCGGAAGAAACAGCAUAUAUGUGAUGAAUGUGGAAAACACUUCAGUCAAGGUUCAGCCCUUAUUCUUCAUCAAAGAAUCCACAGUGGGGAGAAACCUUAUGGAUGUGUUGAGUGUGGGAAGGCAUUCAGCAGAAGUUCCAUCCUUGUACAACACCAGAGAGUUCAUACUGGAGAAAAACCUUACAAAUGUCUCGAAUGUGGGAAAGCCUUUAGCCAGAAUUCUGGGCUUAUUAAUCAUCAGAGAAUCCAUACUGGGGAGAAACCUUAUGAAUGUGUUCAGUGUGGGAAAUCCUAUAGUCAAAGCUCAAAUCUUUUUAGACAUCAGAGAAGACACAAUGCAGAAAAACUUCUGAAUGUUGUGAAAGUUUAAGAAGUCACACACAAAAAAAUCAGCACUCAGGUCUUUUUCUUCAGAAAUGAAGAUAGAAAAACAUGAAGUGAUAAUAGAAUAGUUUUUUUCCCUAUUGACUGUCAGAAAAUCCACUGGGAAAUAUAAAAAAGUCUUCACUCACCAUUAUUAUUUUAUCUUGAAAAAAAUGGUGUUAUACCUGCCGAGAAACUGAAAUUUUAAACUUAAUUCAGGUGUUAAUGCCUAAUUUUUCCAUGUGAUGUUUAUAUUCUCUAUUUUUUCCAAAUAAUGAGCUACCUGAUUGUUUUUCCCUAUCUUUUGAGUUUCAUUUCUAGACAAAUAUGUUAUUUCUGUGUUGAUCAUUGAAAUGUUCUUUGUAAGGAUACAUUCCCUUCUACUUUAAAGGGUAACAUAGGAACUAUUAAGUCUGAAAACCAUCUUAAACAAUUUAAAAAUGGUCUUUUUAAAAUAUACCUUUCUGUUUCCUUUUACCCAAUUAGAAUAUACAUUUGAGAAAAUAGAAGAUAAAGAAUGACUGAAAGCAUCAAAGUAAAAGGAGCCUUAAGAUCUCAGAUAAGUGAUUGUGAUAAAAUUUCAAAAAAGUGAAUGGGAUGUCUAGAUUGGGGAAGAUAUACAAAUACUUUGAUCUCUGCAUUGAAAUGUAUGAAUUUAAGUAUAGUCCCUCUCCCACAAGGAACUGAAAAACUGGUCAUUCUAUUUUAAUUUGGGGCCUGUUACUAAUGAAAAUAAUUAUUUUCCCAUUUAUUAUUUAAAAGUAGUUUAAACAAUAAUUGUAAGUUUGAAGGUAGAAAUUUUAACACUAAGAAUGGUAAUGUUGAAAGGCAAAUGUAAACAAGUUAAUGGUCUGUUUUGGCUUUUGGGAAAAGAAACUCAAAGAUCUAAUUCGUCAUUCUUUUUGCCUUCAUCUUUGUUAAGGACAGAAGAUUACCUAACAGGCAUCAAGUAUCAGGUUUGCUAUUUUUAUUCCUUUGGUACAAAAGGGUUGAACACCAGGCUAAAACAGCCAUGCAUUUAUUAUUAAAACAUUUUCUACCGACAAGGCACUGUGCUAGGUACUGUAAUUCUACCAUAAAUAGGUAGGUAUUUCUUCCACUGUAAAUCAUAGGGGAUUUGAUAUAAAGCUGUUUCAUGUAGUUACCCUCUUUCCCCUGUCAGCAUUCCCAGGAAGGUCACCUCUGAGAUUCCCAGAGCCAUAGUUCUCUUACCAGGGUGUUGUAUUUGGAAGGGGAGGAGGACUCAGCUCAAAGAGCUAGCUGGCUCUCCAGCAUUCUUCAGAGGUGAGUCCAGGAUACAUUCUUAUUACAGUUUGGAGAUUUAUGAAUCUUUUUUAAAAAGAACUAAUUGAUCUCUAGUAGUGUUGAGGUUGUACCUACAUGUUAAGUUAAAUGAACUGUUCUUUAAAAAUAAACAACUAGGCUAUUAACAACUAGUUUAUUAACUAUCAGAAUUGAUUGAACUAUUUUUUUUUAAUUUUCAGUCUUAACACAUUUUUUAAAGAUGUAUUAAAGUAAUACAUUGUAGUAGUAGGAUUAUAUACUCCUUGACUGAGAAUUCCAAGUACUGUGUUUCUACUGCUUAAUGGAAAACUCUGAAAGUUAAAAUAUUGAAUGAGAAAAGGCUUUUUGUAAUGGGCAUAAUUCUAUGGAAAGUGAUCCGUGCAAAUCCAAAUAUUUCAUAGUUCCAGAGAUUUGGGUUGUAUCUGGUGCUUGUAUCAAAUUUUAAAAUGGAAGAUGAGGUUUGCAUGAGCCUGAUAAAAAGCAUAGGAAUAAAUACAAGGCCAGCUGGUGGAGAAGUGAGGCAGAAUGGAGCUUGUUUAUAGAUUUUCUGAUAACAAUUAUAAGAAAUGUGCUUUAUAGAUUAAGAUUUAUUGAAGUAUAAAUAUGUAGUAAUGAUAUAAUGUAUUUUAAGUUAUACAAGAAAAUGUAGGGACUUUUGUUGGGGUCUUUUUCUCCUUGUGACUGAGAGGAAACAAGUCAAUGUCCAAUAAAGCUAUAAACUCCUCUACUCUAAGAUAAAAUGAUCUUGAGUUGAUUGAUUUAUUUAUUUAUAACUGGCUUCUUUCCAAGUAGGUUUUAGGUGGCAUAUUUGGAAGACUGCGGGGAUGACAGGAUUCUGGUAUCAGAGUAGGUAAGAAGGGAGUGAUCUCUCAGAAGUUGAAAUUUUGUGCUUUUUAAGAUCUUAUAUUUGAGGAAGCUUCCCUUUGGUCGAUUUGUGAUAAAUGCCAAAGAUAUUUGGUGAUGUGAAAGCGCAGAAAAAGUAGCAUUAGAUUCAGCAAAUAUGUUUUUGUUUUGCCAGCUCUGAUGCCUGUGCGUAGUUCAGAUAGGAUUCUAAGGCAAGGCUUGUGGGGAAAGUGACUAGAUAAGAAAAACAGAAAACCAACCAGAUGGUGGUGGUACACAGGGAGAAGUAGUGAUGGGAUGUGUGCUCACCAUCUUUGGUUAGGCUUAACUAGACAAAUUUAUUUAAAAUAGCUCUGUAGUGAUUUUAUGAUUUCAUUCAGACAUUUCACUUAUGCUCAUAUAGAAAAUCAUAGUAAAUUGGUUGCCAAGCAGUGACCUAACCAGAACAUCUGUUUGGUUAGCAAAUGAGCCGUUAUGUUAGGAGCAUACAGACUGCUGACAACCUUCCCAGUAGCCUAUGAGUGUUUGCUAGUUGCUGUUAAAUUUUGUAGUUUUCUUGGAGGUUAUGCUCUUUUAACAUUCACAGCAGUUGAUAUUUGAUCAUUUAGCAGUGUCUUAUAUUUGUGUAAGCUGAAGGGAGGGUUAACACAUAUUGAAAUAAUCUGCAUGCUAAGCACUGGAUUAGACAUUACCUAUCUCACCUAGAUUUGUAGACUAGGUAAAUAAGAUUCAGAGAUACAUGAUUUACAUGUUUCCUGUUAGAGCUAAAACUCAAAUCUAGUUCUGUGGACUCCCAAGUACAAGUAUUUUUCCCUAUGUCAUGAGCGAUGGCUGUUAAAUCUUGGUUGGUAAAUCUUACAUUUUUGUUUUUUGGUUAAUUAGUAUGAAAGCUAUUAAGAUGCUCAUUGAUUUAUUUUUUUUAAUUUGAAUUUUUUUAUAGUACAGAAAUGUGAAGUUAAAAAGGACAUAUGCUUUCACAGCUUUACUCAGAAGUGAUGGGAGUUUGGUUUGUUGUUCUUCCAGAUUUAGGCAUAUACAUAUUUAAGCAAAAGUAUGUUAUUUGAUGACACUUGGAGGUUGCUGUGUAUUUGAUGACACUUGGAGGUUGCUGUGUAUAGGCACCUAUUAAAGUGCUUUACCAUGGAUUAACUCUAACCCUCAGCAACCAUAUGAGAUUGGUACAUAUUCCCAUUUUAUGAAUGCUGCACUAAGACUUGUCCCCCUCCCCCUACAUUGAAGUAGACAUUUUUCAUAGCUUCAUACUGUUGCAUGAAUAUAACCAACCCCACAUUGAUGAAUUAUUAGUUUUUUUUUUUUUUUAAUAACAGGUAUAGUUAGCGUCCUGUAUAUAUAUUUUGCUACCCAUGUGGGUAUUUCUGUAAUACAGAUAGCUAGAAGUAUAUUUAUUGGAUCAGGGAGCGCACAUUUAACAGUUUUGAGAAAUACAAUCAAAAAGAUUAUAUGAAUUUACAACUCCAUUCAGUAGUAAGAAUGACUGCCUAUACUCCUACCAAUGCUGUGUCUUGGAAUUUUUUUGCCUAAUAGGCAAAAUGUGUGGUUUUUGGUUUGUUUCUUUCUUUUCUUUGGUUAUUAACAAGGAGGAAAUCUUUAACAUUCUUUUCAUAUGUUUACUGGGCAUUUUCUUUUCCUAUUGUGAAUUGCUUUUGCCCAUUUUUCUUUUAAUUAUGAAAGUAUGAAUGACUACCUUCUCAUUAUACAAAACUUAAAAGAUACAUGAAUAUAAGAGCAAAGAGACUAUUUUUUUCCAGGGCUUCCAGUCACAUUCCACUUUCCAUAGUUUAGUAUACAUCCUUCUAAUACCCUUUCUAUAAAUUUCAAUAGGGCUGUACAUAAAUACUAUUUUUACCUAGGAUCAUACAUCUGAAAUGCUUUUUUUUAAAUCUCAAGAACAGGACACUGAGGUCUUUAAAUUUCUUUAAUAGUUAAAUGGAAUUAAAACUAUGAAAACACCAUUAUUUAACUAUCCCCCCCACUUUUUUUCUUUUGCUAUUACAUUGCCAAAGUAAACAUCUCAUUCAGAUCUUUGUGCACGAAAUAUUUACUUAGGUUGGAGUCCUAUAAGAUGGAUAGUUGGGUUGAAAGGUUUGAUGUCUGGUGGUAGACCCACCUAAGCCUUCCAAAAGGCCUUCAUGAAAGCUUCUAUAUUUUCACCAACUGUAUGGAAAGUGCUCCUUUCCCCACAUAGCCUUACCUAUACUUUAUCGAUAGUCUUUAAAUGUUGGGCAAAAGAGAAAAAAAAAGUGCCCUUUAUUUUGCAUUUCCCUGAUAAAUAGUGAAGUUGGGGUUAUUUUUGUGCUUAUUGGUCAUCUAUAGUUUUACCAUGGAUUGUUCAUUUCUUUUACCUGCUUUUGUAUUGAGUUGUGUGCAUUUGUUUUUGUUUGUUCAUUUUUUUUCCCAUCUUCUGAUAACAACCCUUAUUUAUUGUGAUGAACCCAUUCCAUGUGGCUUGGUGAGCACAUGGCCUGGCCUCCUUAGUCCCACAGCUCCCUAGCCACAGCUAUUAAAAAAUGGGCAUGUAACUUAAGCCAGGCUAAGGAGACCCCUCAACAGAACUUCUGCUAAAACUACUGGAAGAAGGCUUUAAAGAGAUCCUAGGAAUCAAGGACCUGCAAGCCUGAAUUUGUACUACGUGGAGAAAGCCUGUCUGAGGAGAAACUUGGAGGCCAACUGAAAUGGAAAGAGAACCAAGUUCUGAUGUAAUUUUUCUGGAGGCCCUAGAUCCAGCUGUGCCUAAAGCCUGCCCUACCUCCGGACUUUAAAGUUUUGUGAGCCAAUAAAGUCCCUUUCUUGUUUAAGAUAAUUGGA